AAGCGCCGCUCAAGUACUUCCGGGGCAACGACCGCUCAAGUACUUCCGGGGCAACGACUGCAAGCGGAGGCCAGGGGUCGGAAGGAAACAACCGUCACAGAAGACGGCGAGGGCGAGCAGCCUAAGGCAGUCCCUUGUUUACAGUGAGCCCAAACCAUAACAAUCAAGAGGCUGACGACCACCAAAGCUGCUAACUGUUGAAGCAUGUGGAACAAGUUUCUGUGCGUGGCGUCGCGUCCGCUGGCAUUCCAGCGUCGCUCCAGCUUUGUCUCCAGGAUGAGGUUUCUUCUCGACACCUCCGCGUAUUUGAAGAAACUGCAGCGGGACGACGAGGCUUGCGUCCGAGCGCUCCGCACGGGACACCUUCUCCUCUUCCACCGACUCCGCCCUCUGCUGCGCCCGAGCCAAGCGGGCGGCUUCGCCUGCCCGACGCUGCCCUACGAGGACGUCAGGUCGGCACUGCGGGCCCUGGGUGCCGACGAGUCCCUGCUCGAGGAGUCUGUUCUCAUUGGCUGCCGUCAAGACGAGCGGCCUGACUUCUGCCUGGACCUGGGGCGGCUGGAUCCGACGUCGGCGGAGAAAGUGUGCCAAGGAACCUUCGUGGACCUGAAGAAGUCAUUCUUUCUGCUGUCAGAGGCCGAGGCGCCGCUGGUGGCCAAGGGUCGGGCGCUUCUGAGCUGGCACCGAAGCAACAAGUUCUGCGGGGCCAGCGGUCGGCCCACGUGCCGCAACCGGGCAGGAAGUCAGAGAGCGUGCGGCGACAACGUCACGUAUCCGGCGAUGGCGCCGGCGAUCAUCGUUCUGGUGUCCGACGGCCACAGGUGCCUGCUGGCCCGCCAGCCGUCCUUCCCGCCCGGCAUGUACAGCGCCCUGGCCGGAUUCUGCGACAUGGGUGAGAGCCUGGAGGAGGCGCUUCGCCGGGAGGUGGCCGAGGAGGUGGGCCUGCACGUGGACGGCGUCCGCUACGCCUCGUCGCAGCACUGGCCGCACCCGCGCAGCACUUUUUUGCUGGGUUGUCACGCCCACGUCAGCCCCGCCCGCACGCAGCUUCUCGUGGACCGCGCCGAGUUGGAGGACGCGCGUUGGUUCGCGUCGGAGGAGAUCGAAGCCGCCCUCCGGGCGAAGGCCUCCCCCGCCGCGCCUUGGCUGCCGCCGAAACAAAGCGUCGCUCGCCGUCUCGUCGCCGAGUGGGCGGAGAGACGGCGCGGGGUAGGAGAAGAGAAGACGCCGACGUUUGAUUCGUCCGACUGAUCGUUACAAAUAUAUGUCAAGUACAAAGUUGACUUUUGGUCGACAAAAAACAAAUAAAUCGUGAUGAACUCGCAUCUUUACUCUUGUCAUCAAACGGGUGCUAGAGAUUGGUGUUUUUAUCCAGUGUGUCACAGGUAGUUGGGACGCUCGAGCCUUGCUCGAAUCCGAUUGGAGCAAAUGAAGUAGAGGCGUGUUAAAGCGGUGUUCCGAAAACGGUGUCGAGGGAGCCAAAAAUCACGUGACCGCUACUGACGAGGCCUCAAAGGUCACAGGUGUGUCGGCGAGUCACAAUGAAAACUGAGCGGGAGCCCGCCCGCUCACUGGGUGGGAACGCAGUAAAAAGUGGCAAAAUAACACAGUUAUUGGGCAUUUUUUUGAGAGGAGGAAUUUCCGCGAGUGCUACAAACAUUUGCUCAUUUUCAAGUCAGGAGUGAGAAUAUCAUUAUCAAUUUCAUUUCAUUCACAUUGUUAUACACUAGAUAGUGGCAUACGUUUAGAUAUUUAGGAUACAAAUACAAACAUACGACACAACCCAUCGCCCCAGAAAUGAGAAAAUAUUUCACAAACCUUUCUUUCCUUUUAUUCCGCUCAAUUAUUUCCAUUUUAUGAUUUUGGAAGUCCUUAUACUAUGCAAUAAAUAAUAUACCUGUUUCGAAGCACUGUAAUAUUUCCAAAAAUCUAACAAAACAGAGUUACUGGCCGACAUCUAGGACUAGCUACUUUCAAGACUAGCACUGUCGUGUUUAGCAAAUACUGCUUUGAACACAUCUUCACAGACAAAUCAAUG